UUGCCUUUUUGUUUUUUAGGCCACAAAGCUUGAGGACCAUGCAUGACUCAAAAUGCACUUCUUUGUGGCUUCCUGUUAAACAAACGCUCAUCCUGUUCACAGUCACAGCCUCACUGCAACUAUCGCAUAACUGUUGUGUCCUUUAGCAAAUCUUUCAGUUUAGUCUGAUUGGCGUCAUCCAUUCAGAGGAGCUCAAAUAUGCCUGGAGCUGCUUUUGGGGUGUUUUUUCUUCAGUUUUUAGUUUCCGUCAUCCAAGGACUCCAGAAUUAUGUAAUUCCUGGAGCAACAGUGGAAGCUGUCGUGGGCCAAAACAUCAGCUUGCCCUGUAUCUUGGAAGACGAUCAUGACCUCAAGAUCACCAUUAUUGAAUGGACAAAAAAUGGAGCAACAAAGCUGGCGGUAUACAGCGUGGUGCAUGGACUGCACCUCCAUUGGCCAAAUGUAACUGUCCAGAUUAAGCGAAGCAGCACAAGCAAAACAUUGGGCACCUACCUAUACCUUCAAAAUGUAGAGAAAUGGGAUAGUGGAAACUAUGCUUGCACAAUUACAAGUUUUCCUUUUGGUUCUGAUAUAAGCGUAACACGUCUAAUAGUCAAAGAUGUGACAGUUGCGCCAGAGAACCUGACUGAAAGAAUUCACAGCAGUCUUACACCACCAUCAACUACAGAGCUUUUAGCACAUGCCAACUGGACAGUCCAUCCAAAUUCCAGCGAUGCUUCAGUCACCGAUUCUUUGGCCACAAAUAUUUCAGAAACAACUGAAGAGAAGGCAACCCUCUCAAACAGUUUUACAUCUGCAGCUACUCCUAACAACCACUUUACAACCAAUCAGCCAUUCAACUUUACUACAACAAACGCUGAUACAACAUUAAUCCAAUCUACACUCGACAGCAGCCUUACACCACCAUCAACUACAGAGCUUUCACCACAUGUCAACUGGACAGUUCAUCCAAAUUCCAGCGAUGCUUCAGUCACUGAUUCUUUGACCACAAAUAUUUCAGAAACAACUGAAGAGAAAGCAACUACUACGACAAACGCUGGUACAACAUUAAUCCAAUCUACACUCAACAGCACCGGGAAUCAGAUGACAGAAGAACCCAAUCCUCACAAACUGCACCUGACUACUAUUUACUCAUCAGUCACUGAAGAAUCCAGCACCCUCAAGAGCAGUACAAAAAAUUCUGAAGAUGUUAAUCUGAGCCCCACUCAAAAGGUGACUCCCCCUGAUGGAAAAGAUACCACACGCAGUCAUUUGGUGUUGAUCGUCAUUCCAGUGCUGACACUAGUUGGUGUCAUUGGUUUCCUCUAUUGGAUACAAAAAUCAUAUAAAAGAAAGAUGAAGAUGGAAGGGCCCCCUUUAUUCAAACCCCCUCCACCUCCAGUCAAGUACACGGCUACAAGACAAGACGAAACAUCAACCCAGUUUUUCCCCACGGCAAGAUGCAACUCAAUAGCAGAUUACACAGAUAACACAUAUGUUUAAUGAAAAAAGGAUCAGUCACAGACUUUGCGUCACGUGGGGGGAGGGGGGCUCACACGCGGUUUCCUGCUUGGGUUUUUUAGUGCUGGUAAAAUGCAUUGCUUUUUCUUGCAGGUUGUUUAAAAAUGCAUGUGCAGCAAGAUAAAUUUUGUGAAGUGUGAGUUUUAUUUAUGUAAACAAAGUCACUGGACAAUAUUGUGAACUUCUUUUUAAAAUUCAGUCUGAAGAAAAUAAGAAAAAAGUGUUUGCUGUUAGGUUUAUGGUGGAGAUUAAGAUAAGAGAUGGCUGACAUAUAUGAAUUACCUUGGUAGUUUUUUUCAUGGAACCACAUCUUUAUAUGGUUAAAAGAUGUAAAAUUACUGUUUUGUCUUGUUGUGUGUAUUUUCUGUGUCUAUUUGAUCAAAUAAAAAUGUUUUUCAAUGAU